UUCGGAGCCAAGCUGCGGCGGCGGAGGAGAUGGCCAUGCCCACCUUCCACCUCGCCCCCGACCUGCCACCGGUCUCCCGCCUCUGCUUCGGUUCCACCUCGACUCCCUCCAUCCCUUUCUCUCCCGCUGGUGGAUCUGCGCUGGCUGACCCCCCGCGCCCGCGCGCUCGCGCGAUUCGUGCAGGGACGAUGACGAUGGGGGAGCAGAGCGGUGCGCCGGGCUCACUGCGCCUCCUCGACGCCGCCUUCGACGCCGGGGUCAACUUCUUUGACUCCGUCGAGAUGUACCCGGUCCCGCAGCGCAGCGAGACCAGCGGGCGCAGCGAGGAGCUCCUCGGCCGCUGGCUGCGGACCCGCCGGGCCCCGCGUGACCAAGUCGUCAUCGCCACCAAGGUGGCCGGGCCGUCCGGCCAGAUGACGUGGAUCCGCGGCGGGCCGAUGUCUGUCGAUUCGCAGAACAUCACGGAGGCAAUUGAUGGGAGGUGGUUAACCACUAGACAUUUCUGUGCAUUUCUACUGCAAAUUUCGUUCUGUUCUCCUCUGAUACUUGCCGGUCUGGGAGUUUAGUUUUGUUCCAAUGAUUGUAAAGUACCAUACAAUACUUUCAGGUACCUUUUUUUUGAAUUUUUCCUAGCCAUUGAUUUAUGGAAAAUUAAAUUAAAUUAGUAUUCAAUCACACUCUUCUUGGUACUUGGUCCACAUUUUUUUCGGUCAUUGUAAAAUUUCUCUUAGUUUUAAUAUUGAAUUCAUUAUACAUA